UUGUGUUAGUGUUUAGGUUGUGUUGAAGAACAAAUCCCAAAGCGUCGUCGUUCUGGGAAGUCCCUUUGUUCAUUCAGAUCAGUCAGUCCCAGGAAGGAAAAACAACGCGAGAUAACAUACCAUAUACGUCUUCUUUCUUUGAUUCGUUUGCGUUUAGGGUUUAGAAUUCGUAACUCAAAUUAUCCUUAUAUAGAUCUCUUUCAGGUAGUAUAAAUACAUGUUAAUUUCUGUCUGCGCCACCCUCAUUCCUUUUUCUCCGCCUCUUCUUUGUAUCGAUCUCAGAAGACAACCCAAAUUCGAUUUCAGUCUGAAUUGGGAUUAGGGUUUACUUUCUUUCCCUAAUUCAAUCAUAGAAUGGCCGAUCACGAUGACGAGGAAUUCAAGAUGGCCGUACGAAUGAGUAUGCAAUUAGAAACUCCUGAACCCAAGAGGAGUAAGCCUUGGGAAAAUACUACAAACGAAGGUGAGGAGUCGGAGAUGAUCACAAGGAGACUCCAGAGAGACCUUAUGGCUGCGGCGGCCGAGAAGCGAAUGCUGUCUAUGACGAACGAAGCUGAUCCAACUGAGACGACGAAGGUGGAGAAAGAUGUUAUUUUUGAGCAGGCAGAGGUUGGGAAUUCUUCUGAUACGCUAAUGCAGACUGUUUCUGAUGAUUCCCAUGAUUCCCAGACCAACUUUGGCAUUCAACUUUCACCUGUUGAAGCUAACAAGUUGUUUUCGAUUGUGUUUGGAGAUGAUGUUACGAAAGCCAUUAUAGCUCAGUGGAGCAAUCAGGGAAUCAGGUUUAGUCCUGAUCGCGAUACAUCCAUGGGAUUAGUGCAGCACGAAGGAGGGCCCUGUGGCGUAUUGGCUGCAAUUCAAGCUUAUCUACUCAAACAUCUGUUGUUCUCUUCAGAGGAAUCUGUUGCACCUGUUGAAGAUCUUACAUCUUUUACUGAUGAAGAAAAGUCAAGGGCUCUAACCAAAAGUAUGGCGGAGAUUCUAUUCUUGUGUGGAAACGGUGAUAAAGCUGUUGUUGCAAAUCUGAGCAUUUUCAACAAUACGAAUCAGGGAUCUGAAAGUUCUAUGAACGAUGUGAUUGCAAAAUCUCUUGAUGGCUUUUCUGGUUCUGAGCUGCAAAAAGUUCUGAGAGUUCAGUCUUAUAAAUCAAAAGAAGAGGCAAUAGAAAGACUUGAAACCAUGCUUCCAGUUUUCAACAGCCGGAUGGGAGCAUUGCUGUUUCUCAUUUCUGCUUUACUUUCCAGGGGACUGGAUUGCAUUCAAGCGGAAAGGGAUGAUCCGACCCAACCUUUGGUUACUGCUCCAUUCGGGCAUGCAUCACAGGAAAUUGUAAAUUUAUUACUGUGUGGUGAAGCUGUGGCCCAUGUGUUUGAUGGGCAAAUGGACUUAGGUGGUGGGAUGUCCUUAAGAGGGAUAUCAAAAAAAGUGCAAGUAGGAUUCCUAACACUAAUGGAAUCCUUGAACUUCUGCAAAGUUGGUCAGUUUCUCAAAUGCCCGAGAUGGCCAAUCUGGGUUGUCGGAAGCGAGUCGCACUAUACAGUCCUAUUCGCUCUGGAUUCAUCAGUCCAGGAUGAGAAUGAAUUUGAAAGACGAGAAUCCCAGGUGCGAAGAGCUUUUGACGCAAGGGAUCAAAGCGGGGGUGGCGGUUUCAUCAGCGUCGAAGGCUUCAAUCAAGUUUUGAAAGAGACAAGCAUCAGUCUCCCCAUGCAGAAGAUGGAUAAUCUCUGCAAUUCGGGUUUCAUCGUGUGGAGCGAAUUCUGGCAGACGCUCCUGGAUUUAGACAAUCGUCUCGGCGGGUUAAAGGAUACAACUGGCUUAAAUGGGAAGAAAGUAUUCAACGUUUACCAUUUCAAUGGUAUUGCCAAAUCAGUUCCUGGAUGCCAGAUGCUAAUACAAAGGCCGAGGUUUACUCAAUUGAGAGUUUCAGUUCCCCCCAAGUGGACUCCUGAGGAAUUCAUGUCGUUGACGCCUUCUACGAGUUCUACUGCUGAUUCGGAGCCGGUGUCGCAGCACGCCCCGUUGGUUGAUUGCAUCCGAACAAGAUGGCCCAGAGCUGUUUGCAACUGGGUUGGAGAUUCACCAAGUAUUGUGUAGAAGAAGAAGUCUCCUUCAUUGGAUUUGGUUUAUUGAUUGGAAAGUGAAAGAAGAAGUGUAAUGUAGACUAUUUAUUUAUUUGGAUUUUAGACAAUUUAUAGACUGAAAUUGAAUUGAGGAAUUGGGAAAUUGGUUUUCUUUACAAACUACAAUUAUAAACUA